UUGGAACACGCGCUCCUUCAAGCCGUCAAGGGGGAAGCGCCGACUGCCGUGACGGAGGGAGACUAGAGCUGUCAGUGGUUUUCGGAGCACAAACAAAACAAACCCGGGGACACUGCGUUCCUCCGAGAGGCCGCGACGUAUCGUUCGUGACCAGCGAAGCGUGCCCUCAACGCGUUUUCAUUUAAUUUUAUUCAUUUCUGCCUCUCUCCGCCGAAGAGGAGAGUCUGUUUAGCGGAGUUGACAGCUAUCGCCCGGCUAAUGGUUUCAUUACCUGCGCUGUUCUGACCACUAAAUGGCUGGAAACCUCUGAAGCUAGCAGACGCUGCCCGCUGGGAGCUACUCUUCUUUCUAUUCCCGGCUAUUUUGUAUUUAUUUUAUCUUUUUUUUUUUUUGCUUAACUCGCCGAGCGCGCGGAGCUAUUAAUCAGUCGACAGCAGCCCAGCAUGGAUUCUUGAACUGUUGCUUCCUCUGACUUUCAUUUGCCUCGUUGGGUUUGUUUGUUGUAUUCAGAAAUAAUGUCAGACAACCAAAGUUGGAACUCCUCCGGCUCGGAGGAGGACAUAGAGCCCAGAGAGGACUACGGGCACCCUGUUGGCGUCGUCGAGUUCAGCGGAGUACUCAGUAAGUGGACGAACUACAUCCAUGGCUGGCAGGAUCGCUGGGUUGUGCUGAAAAACAACACGCUGAGCUACUACAAGUCCCAGGAUGAGACCGAGUACGGCUGCCGGGGUUCCCUCUGCCUGAGCAAAGCUGUGAUUACCCCACACGAGUUUGACGAGUGCCGGCUGGACAUCAGCGUGAACGACAGCGUGUGGUACCUGCGAGCUCAAGACCCCGAGCGCCGAAACAAGUGGAUCGAGUUCAUCGAGCUACACAGGAGUAUCAGAGAAGGGAGGAGGCAGAAGGGAGGAAUCCAGGGAACAAUAAUCAUCCCUUCACCACUGGCAGAUUCUGGGUAUGGCUCCGAGUCCAGUUUGCGAAGACACGGCUCCAUGCUUUCGCUCACGUCAGCCACUAGUGGCUAUUCUGCCACCUCCACGUCCUCCUUCAAGAAGGGUCACAGUCUACGAGAGAAGCUGGCCGAGAUGGAGACGUUCAGAGACAUCUUGUGCAGGCAGGUGGACACGCUGCAGAAGUACUUUGAUAGCUGUGCCGAUGUGUCCAAGGACGAGCUGCAGAGAGACAAAAUUGUGGAGGACGAUGAAGACGACUUCCCAAACACCCGCACAGACGGAGAGUUUCUGCACAACAACAACGGUAGCAAAGAAAAAUUGUUUCAGUCCUUGAAUCCAAAGGGAAUCAAUGGAAUAGACUUCAAGGGCGAGGCCAUCACAUUCAAGGCCACCACGGCUGGGAUCUUAGCCACUCUGUCCCACUGCAUCGACCUGAUGGCAAAGAGAGAGGACAGCUGGCAAAAGAGACUGGACAAGGAAAUGGAAAAGAGAAGAAGAAUAGAGGAAAGCUAUAAAUCGGCCCUUAAUGAGCUGAAGAAGAAGUCUCACUUUGGAGGUCCAGAUUAUGAGGAAGGACCAAACAGUUUAAUCAAUGAGGAUGAAUUUUUUGAUGCGGUGGAAGCUGCUCUCGACAGACAGGAUAAAAUUGAAGAACAGUCUCAGGCAGAGAAGACGAGGAUAGAGCGAUCCAGCCCACCUCCCCCUGAAGACAUCUACUCCACCUCUGGCUCGCACCGGUUCUCCGAUAAGGUGGAGGAGAUGGUGCAGAAUCACAUGACCUACUCGCUGCAGGAUGUCGGUGGAGACGCCAACUGGCAACUGGUCGUAGAAGAGGGAGAGAUGAAGGUUUACAGGAGAGAAGUGGAGGAAAACGGGAUUGUGUUGGAUCCUUUGAAGGCCACCCACUCUGUGAAGGGAGUCACAGGUCAUGAAGUGUGCCACUACUUUUGGGACACAAUGUACCGCAACGACUGGGAAACUACUAUUGAAAACUUCAAUGUGGUGGAGAGACUUUCAGACAGCGCAGCGAUAAUCUACCAGACGCACAAGCGGGUGUGGCCUGCAUCCCAGAGGGACGUGCUGUACCUUUCUUCCAUGAGGAAGAUUUUGGCCAACAACGAGAACGACCCCGACACCUGGCUGGUGUGCAACUUCUCUGUGGAUCACGACGAGGCUCAGCCGAGCAGCAGGUGUGUGCGUGCCAAAAUCAACAUCGCUAUGAUCUGUCAGACCCUGGUCAGUCCACCAGAGGGAGACAAAGAGAUCGGCAGGGACAACAUCCUGUGCAAAAUCACCUAUGUUGCCAAUGUGAAUCCGGGGGGCUGGGCUCCGGCCUCCGUACUCAGGGCCGUAGCUAAGAGGGAGUACCCCAAGUUCCUCAAGCGCUUCACUUCCUACGUGCAAGAAAAAACCAGCGGCAAGCCCAUCUUAUUCUGAGACAUGCGGGAUCGACAAAUGAGGUCAGAUCUGCGCCAGAAGGACUGGAGGGACAAACGGCAUCCCUCCAAGAAAAGAGACGGUCUUUCUUUUUUUUUUUUUGUCCUGGUUUGUAGCUAAAACAUAGAGAAGGUGCAUGAUAGACAGAGCAGCAGAAUACCCAGCUAGAUCAUAGAGAGAAGAACACCAAUAACCUGUAAAAAAAAUUAAGUUAAAAGAAAAUGAACGUUUAUAAGCUGACUGGACAAGACGUGAUUAUUAUUAUUUAAUAAUGACACUGAGAAGACUCUCCACCCAUCAGAGUGAAGGGGAAACGGUCUGCAUCUGCUUCCCCUGAUGCAUCUAAAUGUCUAGAAACUCUGGAAAGAAGUUUAUAAAACAAACAAAACAAAGAAAAUUUUAGUUUUUAGACUGAAACUAUUUUUGUGUGGAUAAUGUCAUAUUUUGAGCCGAUUAUUAUAUAUAUAUUUUUCCCCCCCACAUCUCGUCUGUGUGAUCUCCAGAGGGCUUCCCAUUAGCGUGCGAGCCCGAUGACAGAAGCUGUACGUUUCUCUAAUGAAACCACCCGACAUGCCGGUGUUUGAAGGAGGAGCGAGAGAUUAUCACGACGGCUGUACAUUUAGCAAGUGUGAACAAUGCCGCUCCAGUUGCGCUUUCGUUCUCCGCGGCCGCGCUUUGUUACGAAUGUAAAUAGUUGUCAUGGUUUCCGCCGACGGUUUGCAAAGCUUUGACUCGAGCCCAGAUGCCUUAGUGUCGCAGGAAGACGUAGAAGGUCACUGAUAGAGAAAGUGCCUCUUGGGUGCGUUCGUUUUGUUCGACUCAAAUCUGGUCUUGCCGUGUUUUUGACUGAACAAAUGGACCCGGCGAGGGGUUAGUCGUGUUGUCCACAGAUGAAUGCAUAUUCCAAUAUUCCAAACUCUAGAAUAAAAGUGUCACAAUCAGUGUCAGUUUUUCUGGGAUUUGUUACAUGAAGCUCUGCACUGGCACAAUUUGAAUAGGUCAUUUAAAAAAAUUAUUUGGACAGCAGCUUUUUCUUCUUGGUCAUGUGGAAGAAUGUUACUCUCUGUAACGUCGAGGCAAAUCAACAGAUUUCUAUUUUACUGAUUUUUAAUGCUUUCUUUUGUUUCUCUGUACUGCAUUACCUUGUAGUGAUGGAAAACAAAUAUGGCUUGUCUCUUCUGCUACGUUUUUCUACGUUUUCUUUCCCGGUUAUUCCUAAGCUUGUGAAUUCAGACGUUCUGUCUGAAAGAUGCGAUUGAGGAGUUUGCUCACCCCGCUGCUCAUUGGAAAGAUGCCAGGGUUAGGCUGUUUUAAUCUGAAAGCAAACAUUUUCCUGUACGUUUAGUUUUCUGUGUUUUGGUCAAACUGAAUGUACUUGGGCUUUUGUAAAGUUGUUCAUACUAAACGCUUUGGGAUCGGCCUGUAAAUGUACUGUGACGUGGCAUCUCUUCUGCCCUGUUUUGAAAGUGAAAUAAAGCCGUUUAUCCUCC